AUGGCUAUCACCAAGAUUUUUACCGAGUCAGUUCUCGCAAAAUAUGCCCGAUCUAUAAAAGCAACUCCACGCGACCUAAUAGUCAAUCGUACCCUGCUCUUCUCCUGCGCAGUCUAUGCGCUGGCCGGUCUUCCAACAACUUGGGACCAGGGAUCAUCUUCCGUCGUUCCAUCGCUGCCGGGCUUCCAAAAACAGUUCGACAUCGAAUCAGGUGCCAAAGCCGAUGAUAUCCAAAACUUCAUCUCAAUUAUUUACAUCGGGUAUGCCAUCGGUGCAGCUUUAUCCUUUUUCAUCAACGACCGCAUCGGCCGCCGCUGGUCGUUUCGUUUGUACACGGCUAUCUGGAUCAUUGGCCAAGUCAUCGCGAGUGUUGCUCCGGGCUGGUCUGCCUUAUAUGCAGCACGAAUUAUUUCCGGUAUUGGUAUCGGCUCCCUUAGUGUUACCGGGCCAAUGUCAAUCGUCGAACUCGCACCCAGCGAGAUCCGAGGCCUGCUCACAGCUUGGUAUACAGUUGUAAUGGGUAUCGCCCUGUUCACCUCGAUCUUCUCCGUAUAUGGAAUAUUCUUGCACAUGUCCUCCAGCAAGCUACAAUACCAGAUAGUCUGGUUCUCGCCCGCUAUUUUUAUGGCUUUUGCUAUUGUUGCUAGCUUCUUUGUUAGUGAAUCUCCCCGGUGGCUCAUGCUGGUUGGUAAGCGAGAGGACGCUGUCGCUGCACUAGUGGACCUACGACGUCUACCAGCCGACCACCCUCGCCUACAAAAGGAAAUCAAGGAUAUCGAAGACUCGGUCACUGGGAUCGUAUCCAGCUUCGCGGGCAUAGUCAAGGAGACGUUCACUGUCCCCUCUAAUCUACGCCGCCUCCAACAAGCUCUGCUUUCCUAUGCCCUAGCUCAACUCUCGGGUGCCAACUCGGUCACAUCAUAUUUCAUCCCGAUCAUGAGUAUUAUGGGCAUAGGAGGAGGUACAUCUGAGAGUAUGUUCUUGAGCGGCAUGUACGGUUUCUCAAAGUUCAUUUUCAGUUUGAUUGCAUCUUUCUUCUUUAUUGAUGCCCUUGGGAGACGCAGAUCUCUGUUCAUCGGGAUAACACUUCAGCUUAUCUCGCACCUCUACAUCGGAGUGUUUAUUAAGUACCAUCAGGAAGGCCCUGUGUCCUCAUCAGCGUCUCGAGCGGCUAUCGCUGCAGUUUUCUUCCACGCUUUCGGAUAUGCUGUUGGUCUUUUUGUUCUUCCUUAUAUCUUUGGAGGAGAGCUCUGGCCUAACCGUCUUCGCUCUUUCGGGGGAGCUGUUAGCCAAACCUUUCACUGGCUCUUCAUUUACGCCGUCAAAUAUAGCAUUCCAUCGCUCCUAAAGACAACUAAUAACUGGGGAGCUUUCCUCUUCUUUGCUGGUUGGUGCUUCCUUGCGUUGAUUUAUGUUUUCUUCAUGGUUCCAGAGAUCUCGGGCCUGAGCGUGGAGGAAAUCGAUUAUUUGUUCAAGGGUUCUUGGUUCAAUGCUUAUAAACGCGCUCAACGACAUCCCGUUAUUGAUAGCGUUGAGGAUGGAAAGGAGGAGCUCUCAGAGGAACCGGGCAAUCUGGAGCUGCUAGACAACAUAUUUUGGUGCAUCAUCGACGAUACUAAGUUUCUGCAGGACGGUGCUAUCAAGGCAGUCGCUCUUGCCGGCAGCUGGAAGCUGAGUAACCUCUGUGUGAUUUACGACAGCAUGUAUGAUUCGAUGAGCGAUAGUACCUCAAGAAGAAACAAUGCGCCGAUCUUGAUCAUUAUCCAGUCGCCCAACAGCUCCAGGUCACGCUGCCUACGCUCUCGUCCCAACAAGGCUCCUCUCAACCUCCUGCCAGAGGUCUACAAUGUCUUCCAAGAUAUUUCUAAGAAAGGCAAUCUAUACGAUGCCGAAUGGGUGAUGAGGGUGAAGAGAUACUGGGAAUUGUAG